GAAAUUGGCUCCCUUUUCCCUCCAAAAAUCAACCUCUAUAUGUCCCCCACUCUCCCUCUUUUCCCUCCAAUCCUCUCUCUCUCUUCUCUCCACUUCCACUUUCACUUUCCCUCCACUCUCCUCUCUCCUCUCACUACAUUCUCCCCCUUCCUCUGAUAAAUCGAGAUGGGUUCCCUUGGAGAUAGUGAUGACGAAAUCGACGACACCCAACCUCUUGCUGAUAUUUCCGAUUCCGAAACCCAAAACUUUGAUGCUCUGUCUUCUCCCUCUUCGUUGUCUGGUGAGAAAAUCAAAGAUUGGAAUGCUGAUGCAGUGCAAUUUCUACAAAAUACUGUACCUUUUGAUGACACUGUUCCGCUUGAAGAUGCAUUUGAAACCCAAUUGGUGAAUCUUAGUGGUGAAACCCAAGUUUUGGAUGAUCCUGAUUGCACUGAGAAUAUAAGAACCCAAUUAUUGGAUGGGUUCGAUGAUGAAGUUGUCAUUGAAAGUGAUGGUGAAGGAACGGAUAGAACUGAAGUUCUGAGUGAUAAUGAGGGUUUAUCUGAUGAUAACUCUGUGAGAAGCAUAGGUGUUUUCCCAGUAGACAAAGAAAAUGUGCAUCACGUUUCUGCUUGUGAACAGGGUGAAAAGGGAAGUCUGUUGGAACCCCAUCCUUCGAUUGGUGAACAGUGCAAUGCAGAACACAAUGUUUCUACUGUGACACCGCUGGAACAAGGCACCCUGGAACCUGAACCUGGAUCUGUUCCAAGGGGGUUUACUUCAGUUCGUGCUGCAGCUUUGCGGGCCUCUGGUUUAGCAGCUCGUGCUAUGACUCUUAAUGGAACCAAGAGUGGGCCUUUGAAACAAAAUGAUGAGGAAAAUAAGAUUUCUUCUAUAAGAGGCCAAUCAGCAGUUGGGGCAGAAGUUGCUCCAGAAAAUUGUUUUGGGGAAUAUAAUGAGGGAUUAAGGAACGAAACCAAAUGCAGGGUUAGUAGAUCUACAGUGAGAAAACUUUUUACUGAGGAUACAUUUGCUGAGAAAAGCAGAUCCACUAACAACAUUCAUAGCAAUGAUGAAGGAACAGACUUGUCUCAAUUGCUUGCCUGUGGUAACAAGUCAGCAGGGUUGAGCUAUGUUGACUCUCAAGAGCCUGAAGAGGCAUCCCAAGCCAAUGCACUUGAUUUUGUGGACAGGUUUCUUCAAGUUAAUAUGCUGGAGUUUGAUCAAGAAGUUGAUCAUGGGAAGACUACCAAAACAAAAUCAAUUACUGUCUCAAGUGCAAAAGGGCCUCAAAGUUUGGCCAAGGCAUCCAAUCAUAGAAACACAGUUGGGCAAUCGGAGAUUUUUGACUGGGAUGAUAACCGUGAGGAUGAAGGUGGCGGAGAAUUUUUCUGUCAUAGAAAGGAAGAAUUAUUUGAUCACAAACAUCAUGGGCGGAUAUCUUCUUCUGAACCUCGGAAGACCAGGCAGGCUGACUUGAAAGGAAGCCAAGUGGAUGAGUUCAGGAAUAAGGAAGAGAAAUUGAAGAUCCACCAUAAAAUAAUGAAUUUUGUUCAUUCUGAGCCAAGAUUAGUCAGGCCUAAUUCAAAAGAGAAUGACAAGAUAUUUCAAGAUGAUAAUAUGAAAAUAAAAAAGAAUCUUGCAAAUGAGUUGGAUGAGCAGUUAAAUGCAGAAUCCUCAGGAGGAGAGUUUGAAGCCACUGGUGCUGACAUGGAUGUGCCUGACAUGCUAAAUGUAGGUUUUGACACUCAAAUGGCUGCUGAAGCUAUGGAAGCCUUAUUUUAUGGGUCAUCCCUUAAUAAUGGUGAUGUUCAUGAGGCUUGUCAAGGUAACCAUAAUUCCAAGGGUUUGCCCAAGAGGGAGAGGAAGAAUUCAGCUUGUACUAAAGAGGAUUCAUUUCAGAAGAGGGCACAUCCUCUGGAUUCAGGAGUAAUUACAAGACAAUCCAAGAAAAUGAAGGGGAUUGGUGCCAGACUUAGUAAAGAAUCUUCAGGUUGCGCACGCUCUAAGAAUGUCAGGGAGCAGAUUGAUGUGGAGCCAGUAAAAGCAAAACCAAAACGGACCAAGUCAAAUUCUCAGGAACGCUUUGCCUCCAGGGGAAGUGAAAAUGUGGGCAAAAACCCUUCUAAAGUCACCAGGAAAAGAAAGGCAGAAGGAACCUUGGAAAGAAGCCAUAUUGAUGAGGUUGAAGGAUGUCAUGGCCUAGCAACAUCACAUAGUCUUAUUUCAGUUAAGAAACGGGGUUUACAAGAGGAGCUUGGUACUUUUACACCAGUUGCUUGUCGAACUAGGCAUCGCAUGGUUGUAAAUCAGUUUGAAAGAGCUAAGAUCGCAUCAAAUGAUUCUGGUGAAAAAAUAAAUAAUCAGAGAAAGGCUGGUCCACUUAAAGACAGAAGAAAAAGGAGCAAAGCUGUUGAUGCCUGUAAGGUGUCAGGUGAUAAAGAGAGAUUGUCUACAUCUGGUUCCAAUGGCUCUGGCAAACUUCAGUCUGACAAACUGAGUCAUCAUGAGCAAUCAGAUUCAAAGUUAACUGCUAUAUCUAAUGGUGGCAAAAUGGAUGCUUUGAGCUGUCCUAAACAAAGCAGAACUCAUAGAAACUUGUUGGGUCGAGCAAAUAGCAUCACAGACUUAGAUGGUCCACCCAAACCAUUUGUUGGACAAGAAGCCAUUGAACAAUUUAUCCCUAGGCAGACAAGGUCAAAAAGCAAAGCUAGAGGCACUUUUUCUGGUUUUGACAUGAAGAGGAAAAUACAAUCAUCUUCAAAUGCUUCUCUGGGGUUGUCUUCCCUAGACCAGAAUUCUGAAGGAAUAUUGCUAAAGCAAAGUUUAGAUAAACCAGGAGCAGGUGAUGCUAUGCUUAACCGUAGUUCUGUUAAUCAGAAUAGAAAAAAAAUUUCCAGAGAUCCGACUGGGGAAAGAGCAUCUAAGCAUUCUGAGGGGAACAGUGAUGCAGAUCCCUCAUCACCUGCUGAAGGCAGAGAAGGAAAUGCUGGGUUAAGGGAGAUGUGUAAACCCUCUGGUUCAGUAUGUACUACCCCAGUUAACUCUGUGACACCUACAAAUGCUGCAUCACCAGUUUGUAUGGGUAACGAAUAUGUCAAGCAGUCUUGCAAGAAGAACCUAAGGACAUCCCUUUUGAAAGAAAUCAAUAACUUAACUGACACUGGACCAGGGCCUACUUCUGCAGUAAAAGAUUCUAGGAGGAGAAGAGAAAUAUCGAACGUUCGAGUCUUAUUUAGCCAACACUUGGAUGAUGAUAUAAUUAAGCAGCAGAAAAAGAUUUUGACCCGCCUGGGAGUUUCUGUAGCUUCCUCUAUUUCAGAUGCCACACACUUUAUAACAGAUGCAUUUGUACGGACAAGGAAUAUGUUAGAAGCUAUUGCAUAUGGCAAACCAGUGGUGACACAUCUAUGGCUUGAGAGCUGUGUGCAAGCUAGAUGCUUUAUUGAUGAGAAAGGCUACAUACUGAGGGAUGCCAAAAAGGAAAAGGAGCUUGGCUUUAGCAUGCCAGUUUCAUUGGCACGUGCAUGCCAACAUCCUCUUUUACAGGGUCGAAAAGUCUUAAUCACUCCAAACACAAAGCCUGGUAAAGAAAUAAUAGCAAGCUUGGUUAAGGCAGUUGAUGGUCAGCCUGUGGAGAGGAUAGGCAGAUCUGUGUUGAAGGAUGGCAAAUUUCCAGAUGAUCUGUUGAUUUUAUCGUGUGAUGAAGAUUAUGCAGUCUGUGAGCCUUAUCUCGAAAAAGGAGCAGCUGUUUACAGUUCAGAGUUGCUACUGAAUGGGAUAGUCACUCAGAAGCUGGAGUAUGAAAGACAUCAGCUGUUCGUGGAUAAUGUAAAAAGAACCAGAUCUACGAUAUGGAUGAGAAAAGAUGUUGCCAAUCUGAAGCGAUGUAGGACACAGUUAAAAGGCCUAAGUUUACUAGAUGAAGAGCGGGAUGGUUAUGAGGUGAAUUCAAGGAAAGAUGCAGCUCCCAGGGUGAAGCCGGAUUAUAACUUCCUCAAAAAAGCACUCAUCUUAUUCCAUUGAAUUAUCUCUGAAAGGAUGGUGGGUAUUUUUCUUAUAUAACCAACAGUAAAUGGUUGCAGUAGGGUUGAUCCAUCAUCUUCCAACAGUACAAAUGUUGCAUAUGGAAAUUAGUCAUUGAGCAAGGUCCCCAUUUCCUGAAUUGUGUAUCAAAUGUUUGUUACUUCCUUACUGAAGUACAAAUGAAAAUUCUUUC